AUGCCGUGCCAUGCCGUGCCAUGCCGUGCCAUGCCGUGCCAUGCCGUGCUGACAACGCUGACGCUGCUGGGCUCCCUGCCGGUGACGUCCGGCCGCUUUGCGAAGAGGUGGUGGUGCCUGGGUCCUUUCGCUUCGGGAAAGGCGGAGUACGAUGGUGAUCCCCUGGUGCCCCUGGGUGGCCUUCGCCAGGUCUACCUGGAAGGCCCAGGGUCUAACUUCAAGAAUGGCCAGCGGAAGUUUUUGGCCGAACACGUCACGGGAGGACGUCUCAGUUGGAUCUCCACAGAAGGAUCCAACCAAGAUGGCUGGACGCAUGUGCAGAUCCCUCACGCGCAUGUGGCGUUUCAGAACUUGAUGCAGCAGCCGCCCAAGGGGGGCAACUCGGAUGUGUUGCACGUGCAGUAUUGGAUGGUGGGCACUUUCAAGAUCAAGGAUCCUGGAGGUUAUGGCAUCAAUUGCCGCCUGCACACGUUCCAUCUACUUUCGCCACUGGAAGAAGAGAUUGGGCCUUUUGCUGGAAACAUCUACAGUGAUGCGAUGCUCACAAGCCCAGUGCACUUGGAAGCUGGCAAAUAUCGCUUGAUGUCGCGGGUGCGCGGCAAAGUGCCGCUGCACUUUUCUUGCAAAAUUGAAGUCGUGAAGGAGAUCUUCAAAAGCUUCGUCAAGAAGAGCAACCUUCCUGACGUGGUUCAGGGUCAGCUCUUAGUGGAUCCUGCCCCGUUGGACGUGCGGGUGCUGAACAGUGGUCGCGACUUCCUGCGUGUGCGCGCGCAUGUGCAGGGUCAAGGUGCUGGAGGUGUUUCAGCGACCAUCACAUUGGCUCCGGGCGUCUUGGCGCAGCUGCCAUUGCCGCUGUCGCUCUCUCCACAAGCCGACACGGACGUGACGGACGUGGAGCGCGCGGCGUGCGUGCGGCUGGAAGUGGUCGUGGAGGCCUACAGGGACGAAGCGGAAACGUUGAGGUCCACGAAUUCUGUGCAACUGCGCUGCAGACGUUCCGACCAAUCGGCCCUCUUCAGUUAUGAGGACAGUGACGGCUCCGUCGGCCUUGCCGCGGUGCUCCCUCCGCGCCAGCCGUCAAGCGGCGCAAGCGGGGCGCGGCCGGUGCUGGUGUCGUUGUCGGGCGUGGGGGUGGAACCGCAAGGGCAAGCGGAUGCGUAUAAAAUGAAGCGUCGGGAGGAGGAGGACUACCUCUUCGGUUUCGACGACUUGUGGGUUUUGGCGCCUCAGCGCGAUGGACCGCACAACUGGGAGGACGUUGGGCUCCGCAGUGCGCUGCGCGCGGUGGAGGUCUUGGCCGGGAACGUGGCGACUUCGCGGGCGUGGCGGGAGAAGGGCGCAGCGGAUGCGGAGAGACUCGUGGUGCACGGCCAUUCCCGCGGCGGCCACGGCGCCUGGGCGUUGGCCACACGGAUCCCGGACCGCGUGCUGGGCGUGGCGUCGGCAUGCGGCUGGUACAGCAGGGAAGAGUAUGGCGAUGCCAACAACCUCUGGGUCCAUGAGACCUCCCUGAUGCACAUGGACAAGCAGUUGCUGGGCCUGUUGCACGCCAGCAUUGCGAUGAAUGAGAACUCCCUGCACGCCUCGAACUUGAAGGGGAUGCCGGCGCUGGUGCGAGUGGCCUCCAAAGACAAGGCGGUGCCUCCCUGGUUCGGGCGACGCAUGGCGCGCCAUCUUCAGGAGGAAGGUGCCAAUGUGACCUUUGAGGAAUUCGACCAAGAACACUGGUGGUGGGACACCCUCUCGGCCAACGAUGGCGGCGUGGUACACGACGCCAGCAUCCGACAGUGGACCCUGGACGCGGCUGGACGUAGCGCAGGGACUUUGGCAGAGAUGCUGCAGCAAGGUCCCUUCGUUGUGUCUGCCGGGGGCCCGCAGUACCUGGGCCGCUUCGGCCUGCGGAUUUUGCAGCGGCGAUCUCCGGCGGCGCGCGGCUUUCUGCAGAUCACCUUGACGAACUCUUCGCGACGCCUUCGACUGCGCAGCUCCAACGUGCAGAGCUUCGCGGUCAGCGCCACGGGGCAAUUGGCCCAGCUGUCGAAGGUAGAGGGUCACAUGCAUCGGCUGAUGGUGGAUUCGCAGGUCUUAGACUUUGAGGUCACGGGUGAAACCGUUCACUUUUGCAAAGGCGAUGCGAUGGAGGAGCCUUCUUGCCAAGCAACAUCAACUGGUGCCUCACCGCAAUGGCGGCGUUGCAUGGCCGGCGCCACCGCGGCGCACGCGGGACCCAUUCGAGAGGUCUUUGCUGCGCCGUGGGUGGUGGUGGUGCCGGACGACCCCACGCCCUUGGAGCUGCGUUUGGGCGCCUACUUCGCCACGGGGCACCUGGUGGCUGUGGGCAGCGCCACCCAGCUGCGCACUUCGUCGACGUCGACGGAGACGUCGCGGCGGGUGCUGCUGGGGACGGUGGAGCGGCUGCGAACGCUGCAGGGGGCAGACUGGCCUGUGGAACUGAAUGCGGAAGGGCCUCCCACCAUCACCGUCGCCGGCUGCACCUUCACCGGUGACGGAAGCGGCGGCUACGGCGCCGUGUUCCGCGCGCCGGGGCAAGAGCUGGUGAUCACGGCUACGGAUGAGCGGGCGCUGAAGGACUUGGUAACGUUCAGCUUCGCGACCAAUCAGCCGCACACGCGCGCGCCCAUGUCCAACAUGCUGCCAGAUUUCCUGAUCACGGGACCGGACUUCGCCUGGAAGGGCUAUGGAGGUGUAGUGGCUGCGGGCUUUUGGGAUGAACGUUGGCGAGCAGCCCCGAACUCGGCGUAUCUGCAGUGCUGAGACUGAGACGACACGGCGGAACCUGCGAGCUUCGUUUCGACGCCGAAAACGCCGAGAGCUUCCGACGUGGAGCUUGAGAUACACAGCGAGGUCGUUGUUCCUCAUCCAUGCGGCCGAGAGAAACGAGACGAGGACGCGGUGGCAGUUAAAAAAAGCCAGAGAUGGUCAGCGGUGG